UUCUCUGCAUCAUCAACUUACAUUGCUCUGAGCCUCUGACACUCUGACCCUUAGUUGCUAACCAUGUUCUGAUAUGUUCUAAUGUGAUUAGUGUCCAAAUCUUGUGUUUAGCAUACAUGUCUCAUAUGUUUCUUACUUCCAAAGAUGAUUAAUUACAAUAUUUAAUGACCCUGUCAGAUUGCAAAAGUACUCUAUCUGCUUAUGAAUCAGUAGUUGGCAUUGCAUGUAAUGUUAGCAGGCUUAAUUUAGUCUUUUGGUAGUUUCUGUGUAGUAUUUUAAGAAGGGGGGUUUUGCUUGUUAGUAUUGUUAGCUUUUGUUUUUAUCUGCAUUGAAUUUUUAGCUUCCGUUGUUCUGCUUAAAGUUCAUGUUACAACUUAUUUCAGCUUAUUCCUUCUAUGUCUUUGUUUAAUUGCAUCCCUAAUAACGAGUUUCUAAAAGUUGCGAAAACAAGUUUUAUUAUCUUGUUUGUUAUUGUAUUUGAUUAUUUUAUCGCUUCCUGUCAUCAUCAUUUUAAAGGAUAUAUAAUUGGUGGUGAUCUCAGAAUGCAAGAAUUUGCGGGGGACUAAACUUGUAUAUCCGACUUUCCUACUAGUGGUUCUUGCAAACUAAGUAUAAUCACUCUGUUUAUCCAAGGUGUAUCGAUCCGCAGUCAUAAACUUCCAAUGAUGCUUUGGCAAAAUACAAUAGCCUGUAGUAAAUGAUAUCUUUUUGUCAAUGGAUGAUAUUUUUUCCCAUCUGUUGGCCUUGACUUCUUAUAUGACCCAACAAUUCACUCAGUUUCUUGAGGACCUUCUUUUUGGCAAUGUGAAUUACUGUUCAAGAUAUGUUGCAGUCAGCUCCUCCGGUCAACAUGAACAUCCGGUAACGUCUGGCUAUAGCCCCGGGACAUCUUUUUGUGAUAAUUGUUCAUCUUCUUCAUUGUUGUACGUAGCUAGUGGAAGCCCUUGGGUUCAAGAAAUUGGAAUCUUAAAUCUCGUUGAGCCUGUAUGUACAAUAUGUAAAUUCGUAGAAAGCAGCCGCCCCUACUGGAUUGUCGAGUUCUUUGUAAAAGGGUUAAACCUACCUUUGUCUGGUCUGAGGUUAUCAUGGAGGCUAGCAUUGGCUUCUUUGAGAUCUAUGCUCAUUUAUGUCAAGUGUGCUGUAGGUCGAAUACAGGGCACCAUAUCUAGAGUGCAGAAGACAUUGCAUGGUUCGUCUAGUGACAUUGGAUGGUUGCAGCAAGCACCAGGAAUGGCUCCAGUGAAGGAUGGUUCAGCUAGAUUCAUGGAGUUGCUGGAUUGUAUAAGGCAUGGACAACACAAACUUCCGGAUUCAUUUGUUUACCUUCUAAUACCAGGCCUUUUCAGCAACCAUGGUCCCUUAUAUUUUGUGAGCGCCAAAAGGUACUUCUCAAAGAUGGGUCUAGCUUGCCAUAUCGCAAAAAUUCAUAGUGAGGCAUCUGUGGAACACAAUGCGGGGGAACUCAGGCAGUAUAUUGAGGAACUAUAUUGGGGAUCUGGCAAACGGGUGAUGCUGCUUGGUCAUAGCAAAGGUGGGGUUGAUGCUGCUGCAGCUUUGUCCAUUUAUUGGACGGACUUGAAGGAAAAAGUUGGGGGGUUGGUAUUGGUUCAGAGCCCAUAUGGAGGCACACCCUUGGCAUCUGAUGUUCUUCGUGAAGGACAGAUUGCUGAUAAGGAAACACGAAGGAUCAUGGAACUUGUGAUCUGUAAACUAAUUAAGGGCGACAUACGGGCACUUGAUGAUCUAACAUAUGAAAGACGGAAGGAGUUCCUCAUGAAAUAUGAACUUCCUCCAAGCAUCCCCCUCAUCUCCUUCCACUCCGAAGCAAGCACAGCACUCAGCGUCAUUGCUACCAUGACUCAAAUAGCCCAUGCUGAACUGCCAUGGCUUCGUCUUCCAGGUUUUUCCUACGAUGAUUCCAGAGACGUUAUACAGUCUGGCAGGAAAGUGCCAAUAGUUGUACCUGUUUCUGCUGUAAUGGCCUUAUGUGCACUGCAUUUGCAAUUAAGGUAUGGGGAGAAGAGCGACGGAUUAGUUACUUGUCGGGAUGCUGAAGUUCCAGGCUCUAUUGUGGUGAGGCCUAGACGGAAACUCGACCAUGCCUGGAUGGUCUAUUCUUCAUGGAAUAGGAAUCUCAAUGAGCCUGAUGCUUGUGAAAUGUGCGAGGCUUUGUUGACUCAACUUGUAGAAUUAGGAAGCCAAAUCAAGGGUGAAGAGAUGGAGUGAAGACAUUUUAAUUUCACUUAAAAAAAAAAAGACAUUUUAAUUUUCUUGUCUAA